AUGAAUAGAUUAUUCGGAACUAAAAGCAGUGCACCAAAGCCUUCGUUAAAUGAUGCGAUUAAAGGAAUUGAUGACAGAGUUGGAUCACUAGAUGUCAAAUUAAGCAAAAUAAAUUCCGAAUUGUCAACGUAUCAACAGAAGAUAAGUAGAAUGAGAGACGGACCAGGUAAAUCUGCUUUAAAACAGAAAGCAUUGAAAUUGUUAAGACAAAGGAAACAAAUUGAAGCACAGAAAGAUCAAUUAGAGAAUCAAUCGUGGAAUAUGUCGCAAGCUUCAAUGACAACAGAUAAUUUACAAAAUACGAUGGUUACAAUUAAUGCCAUGAAGACAGCAAAUAAAGAAUUGAAAAAGACUUAUGGUAAAAUAAAUAUAGAUGAGCUAGAAAAUUUACAAGAUGAAAUGUUGGAUAUAAUUGAUAAAUCAAAUGAAUUGCAAGAAGCAUUAAGCACGAGUUACGAUGUACCUGAUGAAAUUAGUGAAUCUGAAUUAGAUGCAGAAUUGGAAGCAUUAGGUGAAGAAAUUGAUUUUGAGAAUGAAAUGGCUGAAAGUGGGAUUGGGGCACCAAGUUAUUUAAACGAUGUUGGAAAUACCCCAGAUAAAUUACCAAACUUUAUUGAUGAAGAGCCAGAGAAAGCCAAAGAAGUUGCUAAUUAA